UUAAAACUCAGUGGAGGCAGCGUACUGUCCCUCCUCUCCUCUCCUCUCCUCUCCUCUCCUGCCCUGCCCUGCCCUGCCCUGCCCUGCCCUGCCCUGCCCUGCCCUGCCCUGCCCCGGACCCGGACCCGGAGCCUGAUGCUGAGGUGAUGCAACCAGAGGAGGGGGCAGAGGAUCAUCCGGCUGCUGUCUGCCAGCAGAAAGGAGCUGACACCCGAGACCGAUGGUGCCUGCUGGCGUCUCGAGUUGUGGGAUUGGCGAAGUGUUGGCGACCGCAGAUGGACGUUCGCGGGACUUCUGUUGACCUGUCUCAGAUGAAACAUUAACAGAAACCUCAGAUUUGCACUGUAAAUGUAUCUGCAUCAGAGAGCACACUAUGAAGAAGUCGGUGCGGCCAGCGGUGAGUAAGGUGAGCGGAGAUCGGGGGAAGGCUGAGGCCGCGGUCACCGCUGGCACCGGAAAGCCUGCAGCCAAGACCAGCAUUACAGCACCUCUCUCUAAGGUGAAAAGCAAUGAUGAUCUUUUAGCAGCUAUGGCUGGAGGGAAUCCUGCAUCGAGUAGUGCUGUCUCCAAGACCAAGAGAACUGCCUCCAUUGGGACUAGUGCUAACAACAUAGACUGCAAGCCAAAGACAACAACUGGUACUUCAUCCAAGCGUACGACAUCUUCGAAUUCCAAGGAGCCAAAUUCAUCACGAGACCGUCUUCGAACAUCAAGGACAUCAGCCGCUAAGAAGCAGUUGGUUUCAGGGACUGCAGCGGGGGAUGUGGCUUUGGGGAAGCGCUCUCGCGGCCAGACCCUGACAGAGUCUGAGGGCCGUAUGAGCAAGUCUAAAUCAGACGGCCAGAUCAGUGAUAAGGUAGCUUUGGAGACUAAAGUAAAAGACCUGUUGGGUUUGGCUAAAAGCAAAGAUGUGGAGAUCCUACACUUGCGCAGUGAGCUGAGGGACAUGAGGGCCCAACUUGGUUUUGGUAGGAAAGAAGCACCGCUGCAGGAAGAAGCUGGGGUGGAAGAGAAGCCCCAGGUUUCAGCCAUCACAGCAGCUGAUGUGGAAUCCACAUUGAUUCUCUUACAAGAGCAGAACCAGGCCAUCAGAGAGGAGCUCAACCUGCUAAAAAACGAGAACCGCAUGCUGAAAGACCGACUCAAUGCACUGGGCUUCUCUCUGGAGCAGAGGCUGGACGCCUCUGACAAGCUAUUUAACUAUGCCUCACUGAGCCCAGACCUGGCUGCAGGCAGUGGGCAGAGUGAUGGUGGGGGCACAGGUACACUGACCUCCUCAGUGGAAGGCUCCGCCCCUGGCUCUUUAGAGGAUCUGCUCACAGGACACCAGCAUGGAGGCUCGGCAGACAACCUCGACAGUGAAUCCAGCGAGGUCUACCAGGCCGUCACCUCCAGUGACGAUGCACUGGACGCCCCCUCUGGAGCCUCCUCCUCAUCCGAGUCGGAGUGUGCACCCAGCAGGGAGCACUCACGGAGGGGCAGCAGUGGCAAUGCCAGUGAGGUGUCUGUGGCAUGUCUGACAGAGCGUAUCCACCAGAUGGAAGAGAAUCAGCACAGCACUGCUGAGGAGCUUCAGGCAACACUACAGGAGCUGGCCGACCUGCAGCAAAUAACCCAGGAGCUGAACGGGGAGAACGAGCGGCUUGGAGAGGAGAAGGUGAUCCUCAUGGACUCCUUGUGCCAGCAGAGUGACAAGCUGGAGCUCUAUGGUCGACAGAUCGAGUACCUGCGCUCUCUGCUGGACGAACAUCAUAUAUCUUAUGUGCUUGAGGAGGACAUCAAGAGUGGCCGCUACAUGGAGCUUGAGCAGCGCUACGCAGACCUGGCAGAUAAUGCUCGCUUUGAGAGAGAGCAGCUCCUGGGGGUGCAGCAACACCUGUCCAACACAUUGAAGAUGGCCGAACAGGAUAACGCCGAGGCCCAGGAGAUGAUCAGAGCGCUGAAGGAGAGAAACCACAAGCUGGAGCGCAUCAUGGAAUCAGAGAGACAGGAUCGGACUGCCAUGGCAGCCGCGCUCGAGGAGUACAAGGCAGCAGUGAGCAAUGACCAGGCGGAGCUGAGCCGCUGUAGAGCCCAGCUGGACCAGGAGAGGCAGAGGGUGGCCGAGCUCUACUCUCUUCACACUGCGGGGGACAAAAAUGACAUCUGCCAGCUGCUGGAAAGUGUACGGCUGGGCAAAGAGGAGGCUGAGGCCAAGGCUGCAAAAAUGCAGAAAGAGCUGGAGCAAGCCCACAGUGAACUCAACAGGCUUCAGGAGACUUUCAGUAAGCUGGACAGGGAAUACAGAGAGUUCCAGGAGCAGGUGCAGCAGCAGUUGGCCGAACAGGAGCGCACUCUGGAGAAGCAGCGUGUGGAGCUGCAAGAAAAAGAGACAGAGAUCGCAGACAUGAAGGAAAGCAUCUUUGAGUUGGAGGAUGAGGUGGAGCAGCAUCGAGCUCUCAAACUCCAUGACAACCUCAUCAUCACAGACCUUGAGAACUCUGUAAAGAAGCUACAAGACCAGAAGCACGACAUGGAGAGAGAGAUUAAGAUUCUUCACCGCAGACUGAGGGAGGAGUCAAUGGAGUGGCGUCAGUUCCAGGCUGAUCUACAGACAGCUGUUGUCAUCGCUAAUGACAUCAAGUCGGAAGCACAGGAGGAGAUUGGAGACUUGCGGCGCCGGCUGCAGGAAGCACAGGAGAAGAACGAGAAGCUGAGCAAGGAGCUGGACGAGGUCAAGAGCCGCAAGCAGGACGAGGAGAGAGGCAGAGUUUAUAACUACAUGAAUGCAGUGGAGAGAGACCUGGCUGCUCUCAGACAGGGGAUGGGUCUCAGCAGGCGUUCUUCCACCUCCUCAGAGCCUUCGCCCACUGUCAAAACACUCAUAAAGAGCUUUGACAGUGCAUCACAAGGUCCACCUUCCAACGGUGCCUCUGUGGCUCCAACAGCUUCUGCUGCACCACUACCACGCACCCCCCUCAGCCCCAGUCCUAUGAAGACGCCUCCAGCUGCUGCUGUUUCACCCAUACAGAGACACUCCAUAACUGGGUCUAUGUCAGCAGCCAAGCCGCUCUCCUCACUGAGUGAUAAGAGGCCCAGCUACUCAGACAUCACCAUGCCAGCCGAGCACCUUCUCAGGGGAACCUCGGCCAACCGACCUCCGUCAGUUAUCCAGAGGGUCUCCAACAUGGACUCCACCAAGGCAAUCUCAGUGUCUCGCAGGAGCAGUGAGGAGAUAAAGAGGGACAUGUCGGCUGCAGACGGAGCCCCAUCCUCCCUGAUGGCUAUGAAUGCAGCCUCUUCUCCGCUCUCGCUGUCCUCCUCCUCACCCACCGCCUCUAUCACCCCUACAGCACGCAGCCGCCUAAGAGAGGAGAGGAAGGAUCCAUUGUCAGCCUUGGCCAGAGAGUAUGGAGGCUCCAAAAGAAAUGCUUUGCUAAAGUGGUGCCAGAAGAAGACUGAGGGCUACCAGAACAUUGAUAUCACCAACUUCAGCAGCAGCUGGAAUGACGGCCUGGCUUUCUGCGCUGUGCUCCACACCUACCUGCCUGCACACAUCCCCUACCAGGAGCUCACCAGCCAAGAGAAGAGGAGAAAUUUCACCUUAGCUUUCCAGGCUGCAGAGAGUGUGGGCAUCAAAUGCACUUUGGACAUAAAUGAGAUGGUGCACACAGAAAGGCCAGACUGGCAAAGUGUCAUGACUUAUGUCACAGCCAUCUAUAAGUACUUUGAGACCUGACUUCACCGCCUCGCCCACCCUGCUCCCAUGGCACAGCCAGUGCCACACCAGCCCUCCUGAGCUCUCAACAACCUUUCAACGCUACAGUCAACUACUAUACCUCAAUGACCCCGUUUCCCCACACCACAGCAACACCCAGUCAUGCUGCAUGCCAGUUUUCAGUAUUAAGCAAUAAUGAAGGCAGACCAGAACCUCACUGGACGAAACAGCCACUCCAUCAUCACACUACAGCAAAGGAGGCGUUUUGUGUAGCUCUAUGGUCCGAGUGCUUUCCUGUAUGUCUACUGUUACACUAGUAAGGCAGUGGAAUUGACCCUAGUAACAACAUGGUGAAGCAAGUGUGAACUGACCAAGGAUCAAAUCCUGUUCAUGAUCUUUGCCUUCAGUUGGCGUCUGCAUUGAAAGGAAACCAAGUCUUAGUGCCUUCUACCUGGCCCUUCUGUUCCAAUGUUCCUCCGCACUCAACCCAGUUUCUUGUCUUUUAAAGGGGAAUUCCAGCAAAUCUCACUUUUAAAGUGUGCUACUUUGCAAGAGUAGAGGGUUUCAUAAAUAGUCAAAUUUUCCUUUUGUUUGAUUAUGAAUGUUAAGUGGAAAACCUGCAAAAAAAAACUCAAGUUAAGAGUGUUGGAAUAUCCCCUCAGCCCUGAAAUUUCAGAGAGACGCAGCCUUUUUGCACCAAACCUUCCAGAUGUUACAGUGCGAUGCAGAUGCCUCUAUAUCAGUGGAUAAAGUGCCUGUGUGAGUUUGGAUGCAGGAGAUGAGCUUCGUCUGUGGGCCAAACCUCCGCAGAGGCAACUAGAAGUGUCUUUUCACUACAGUCUGUGAAGCUGAAGAUCAGACGAGUUGUUGCCAAAAAUGUUUCAGAGCCUUUCGAUUGUAGAUUUUUUUUGGCUUUGUGGUCACCAGGACAGACCAAUGCUGCAAAAGGCUGCUCCAUUAGCAUCUGAUCAUGAGUGACUGUUUGAUUUUCAAGCACAGAAAUAUGCUACGUCGAACAACACUACUACACUUAUGUUAAGCAGCCAUGACAUACUCUGAUGUUUUUUCACUAAUAGAUUCCUGAAGGUGGACUAAUCAUUUUCAUUUAGUUUUGAACACUAAUCUUACAACUGUAUAAUGUGAGUGUUUGCAUUUUGUAGGCCUGCAUUUGUCAUCUUGCACUUAAACUUCAUUCGGCACAUACAGCACAUGGCAUCAUUUCAUCAUAACCAAAGUAUGAGUGAGUAGAAGAUAGUUUUCUCUCAUAAAAUGUGUUUUGAUUGACGAGAUAAUAUCUGUUUAGAUUAGAGAGCCUUAAACUUUAUCAGCCUGGGGCCUCAAUUAAGGAAAAUAGUUUCUCACCCAGUGACUUCAUGUUGGGAAAUUGUGCUCUAGUUUUAGAAAACCAGCAGACAGACAUUCAGGUGGAGGACUCGUGUUUGUAGGUCAAUGCAGAGUCUCAUUAAAUGUGUACUUCAGUUUAUUGGGAGAUACAGUUAUUCCCUUUUCUUGCAGAGAGUUAGAUGAGAAGAUUGAUACAAAUUUCGUGCUUGUACGGUACAUAUGAGUUGGUAGUUGGUUAGCUUAGCUUAGCAUAAAGACAGGAAUCAGGGGGAAACGACCAGCCUGGCUUACACCAAAGGUGACAGAACCCACCUGGCAGCCCCUUUUCACACUCACAGUGUAAAAGUGACAAGUUGUAUUUUCACAGGUGGAAACGUUCUCAUUUUAGUUUGACUUGUGUUUUAGCUUUAAAUGUAAAUUUUUGUCCUCCAUCUCUUGACGGGUCCACACCAGCCGUUUGCUGUCGGCUAUAGUAUCAUAUUUUGGCAUACAAGCAUGACAGUGAUAUCUAUCUUCUGGUCAAACAGCACCCAAAAAUGCUGCAAAACCAUUUAUAUUGCACGUCAAUGACAAAAUACAUGCCCAAGUGAUUGGAUAAUUCAUUGUGCCAUUGACCUUCCCUGUGUGUUAAUACUGAUGCUGUGUUUGGCAGGUAGUUUUUGUUUGUAUGACUAUCACCACAAGAGAAGCAGAAGUCAUUUAAUUUGUCUGAUUUCAGUUGGCGGCAUUACUGUAAUGCCGUGAGUCAACUGUGCCUCGUACAAGCUGUAUUUAUUUGCAUGGUUUCCAAUCAUUGUAGUGAGGUCACUGCUUUAUUUGUGUGUCUGAAUUUAUUACACCCGACAGUAAGUAGCUGCACUGAGAUAAGCUUUUUGUAUUCCACACUAAACGCCUGCCUUGACUAAAACGGCAGCUUUUGCGAGUGAAACUGACGUUUCGGACUGCGGUCGUUUCUCCUCACCAGACGUGUGACAGUGUUGAAGCUUUUCUGAAACAAGGUCCUUUUCGUUUGUACCUCUUGAGGAACUCAAAUGGUAAAGGGUGGUUCAUUAACUAUUUUGGGAAGGUGGUUGAUCCCCUCAUGUGUGCCUGGUGAAGGUGACUACACACAGUUUUGAUUUGGAGCAGAUUGUGUUGCCCGCUCACACAUUAGCAACAUCAAACCACAUCUCUGCCAAGGCACAACACAGCAGUUUGUGCAGCUGUAUGAGACAUUUAGUGAUUUAAAGUUAGCACAAGAGCCUGCAGCAGUGACACUUUCUUUUUAACUACAAGAGAGUGUGUGAGUGAAUUAUUUAACUAUGUUUGAAAGCAUCGGCUCUCUGUUGAUGGAUUUUGUGAUGCUGUGAUGCUGAGGAUUAUCAGCCAACGGUUUUAUUGUGUUCUGCUCGAAUCCACCACUGGGCCCCACAUAUUUUAUCGCUCCCGACAGCAACAUCUGAGAGCUCCAGAAAGAUUUAAAGCCUCCCUCGAUCCUGGAAGCGGAAUGUGUUUUGAUCACGCUUUAGUGAUCUCGGGACUUUACAUGGUCCAUCAUGUGCUGACGUGGAGUGAUUGAUGAACACUUUUGAGCCCCAGCCUGCUGAGGACAGACCAGACGGCUGGGCGAAGGUUAGGAGGCACAUUCCCCCUCCACAUGAUGCAGCCAUGAGGGACAUUUGACAUUGUCAGGGACCUGAGAUGAUGCCCUUAGAGUGUACAGCUUUACCACGAAGUAAAUGUGAACAUGUACAUUACGACUUAACCGAGUCCACUUCACCAUGCUACAUUUAUUUUUUCUUUGUUUACUUGAAAAUGCUCUGAGAAUUCCACUGAACCCGAUUUAUUGUGUCUUUUUGUUUCCAUGUUGCCUUGUUGUUGUUGUUUUUUUUUUUACAGUCCAAACCACAUUUUUAUUUUGGUGGGAAGGUUGUUUUGUUCUUCCUUAAAAAGAAAAUCCUGAUCACACUACAUGCAAUGCUCAAAUGUUCCCAUGGCAAAGUUAAAGGUGUGUGUGUGUGUGUGUGUGUGUGUGUGUGUGUGUGUGUGUGUGUGUGUGUGUGUGUGUGUGUGUGUGUGUGUGUGUGUGUGUGUGUGUGUGUGUGUGUGUGUGUGUGUGUGUGUGUGUGUGUGUGUGUGUGUGUGUGUGUGUGUGUGUAAGUGUAAAAGGGACUAAGCUACAGUAUUAAGUGCACACUAUGAUGAUAAUCAGUUGUUUAAAAAAGGUCAUCUAGUUUUAUGUUGCUUUUUUUUGGCAAUAGUAAUAAAAGACCAUUUGAAAAAAAA